AUUUUAGCAAAAUAAUUAUCCGAUUCGGUGCAACUGUUCUAAAGAUAUACGCGUAAAAAUAUGUUAUGGGGGAAACCCGCGAAGCGUGUGUGACGACCAAUGACUUUGCUUCCCGCCAAUAUCUUGCCGUCUCACUCUACUAUAGGGUAUAAAAUGAUUUAUUUAUCUGUAUUCAGUUCCUAUGCAAUAUUUUAAUAUUAUAACAGAAGAUAUAAAUAUUAAGUAUGUACCUACGAACAAUUAAUCAAACGCAGUGAAGGUCAUAUUUGUAUGAUAAAGUAUUCAAAUUGAUGUCUACAUUUGAGCAGUUUUGACGUUUCGGUCUAGCAUCGCAAUUAUUUUGUGGUGCAUAACAUAGUCAUAUUAUACAUACUUAGGUUUAGGUAUUUCAGUUUGUGUCAAAACAACAUUCAGUAUACACGUGUCCGGCUCCCAGAAUAAUACAAAGUGAUGUUUUAUCCUCAUGGCUUUAAUCCAGCUAUCUAUACGUACCCAAUGAAGUCGACGUUUUCAAGAUAGCCGAGCGGAAAUCAUAAAAUUAUGAAACAAUUGAACGAAACAAACUAUAAUUUAGUGUGUAAUAUUAAUUUAAUAGUAAAGAACACGCAGAGAGUUAAAAGAAAAAAUGUUUAGAACCAAAGAAGUAAUUCCCAAUUUAUGUAAUGAAUCUGAAAAUAGAGAUGACGAAAACGAUAAAGCAAUUAAUUUAAAUCUAACAGACAAUCACAAAGCUAAAAAUGUCGUCCGUCCACAAAUAAUUGACGUUAAUCAGAACGGAGAUGGCCAAAACAUUAACCAUAAACCAGAUAAAAGUACCAACGUCGAUAUGGAUUAUGAUUCGUCUGAUGAAGGACAAAGUAAGGCAUUAAAUUUUUCUGACAGUGAUUUACCAGACAGCCCUGAGAUCGAAGCGUAUGUUGCAUCGUUUCAAAAAGAAGCAAACACAGAAUGCCAAUUCAGUGAAAGUGAACAAGGAAAUAGUUCUGAUACUGAAGAGUUUAACCCGUUUGUAUUUCGUAAGAAGAAAUCAAAGCCAGUAUCAACAGUAACAGCUAAUCUCAAUACAUUGCCAUCAAGGGUUUCAACGCGAUAUAGAAAACCUUUUAUUGAGAAUGCUACCGCACACAUUUUAAAACCGACAUACUUAACAGAGCAGGAACCUGAGAUUGAUGCAGAUAUUGUCGCCGAAAACAUAAAGCGUCUCAGAAUAUAUAAUGAAUUUAAAGACGUUUCAAACAGGAUUAACCAAAAUGUAUCACAAAAUAAAACACAUGUUAGGAACAAUAAACCUAAAGAAGUUUUAACAACAAUAUCAGGAACUGAAAUAGAAGCUAGUUCUAUAUUAGCAAGCACGACAAUUAACAGGCUAACGAGAUCCGAUAGUAAAAUCACUGCACAUAAACCUUUUGAACUUGCUUGCACUAGGUUUCAGCAAGAAAUAAAUUCAUCAAUUGAUAAAAGAAAAGAAAGCUCAAGGUCACCAGAACUUGUUAGUUUAAGAAUACCUCAAGAGGGUCUGGAACAAGUAUUAAACUCAUCUAAACCUGCACAGAUUAGCCUACAAGAACCUCCAACGCGAGUGUCAACCUCAUCUGAUCCUGUAACUUCAACAAAAGGACCACAAAAGACUAAAACCAGACAAAGUAUACCAAAUGACUCUCAGCAAGAUGUUACAACAUUUCGUAUCACACGGAGUAGAUUAAAAGGGACCCCAAAACAAGUAUCAAAACCAGCUGAAACCACAGUCACAGAAGUUAGUCCACUGAAUUCGGCGAAACAAGUUUUCACUUCAUCCGAUUCUGCAGCCACAUCGGAUACAUCUAAACCUACACAGAACAACCAACAAGAACCUUCAAAGCCAGUGUCAACCUCAUCUGAUUCUGAAACCUUAAGAAAAGUACCACAAGAGAUCACAAAUAUACAAAGUAUACCAAACGACUCUCAGCAAGAGGUUACAACAUUUCGUAUCACACGGAGUAGGUCAAAGGAGACCCCGAAACAAAUAUCAAAACUAACUGAAACCAUAGUCACACAAAUUAGUCCACUGAAUUUGGCGAAACAAGUAUUAAUUUCAUCCGAUUCUGCAGCCACAUUGAAUGCAUCUAAACCUACACAAGAUAGCCAACAAGAACCUCAGACGCGAGUGUCAACCUCAUCUGAUCCUGAAACUUCAAGAAAAAGAUCAGAAAAGACUAAAAACAGACAAAGUAUACCAAACGACUCUCAACAAGAGGUUACAACAUUUCGUAUCACACGGAGUAGAUCAAAAGAGUCCCUGAAACAAGUAUCAAAACCAACUGAAACCAUAGUCCCACUAGUUAGACCACCGAAUUCGGCAAAACUAGUAUUAACUUCAUUCGAUUCUGCGGCCACAUCAAAUACAUCUAAACCUACUCAAGAUAGCCUACAAGAACCUUCAACGCGGGUAUCAACCUCAUCUGACCCUAAAACCUCAAGAAAAGGACCACAAAAGACUUAUACUAAGGAGAACAGACAAAGUAUACAAAACGACUCUCAACAAGAGGAUACAACAUUAUUUCGUAUCACACGGAGUAGAUUAAAAGACACCCCGAAAGUAGUAUUAAAACCAGCUGAAACCAUAGUUACACCACGGAAUUCAGCGAAACAAGCAUUAACUUCAUCCGACUCUGCAGCCGCAUUGAAUAUAUUUAAACCUACACAAGAACUUUCGACGCGAGUGUCAACCUCAUCUGAUGCUUCGACGCGAGUGUCAACCUCAUCUGAUUCUUGGACGCAAGAGUCAGCCUCAUCUGAUUCUGAAACCUCAAGAAAAAGAUCAGAAAAGACUAAAAGCAGACAAAGUAUACCAAACGAGUCUCAGCAAGAGGCAACAUUACUUCGUAUCACACGGAGUAAAUCAAAACAGACCCCGAAACAAGUAUCAAAACCAGCUGAAACCUUAUCCACAGAAGUUAGUCCACAGAAUUCAGCAGAACAAUUAUUAACUUCAUCCGAUUCUGUAACCACAUGGGGUACGUCACAAGAGCCUCCAAAACGGACUGAAAUCCCAAUCACUCGAAGUAAACCACGAAUCAUGUCACUGACACAAGUAUCAAGGUCAUCUGGUGAUGAACUUGAAGUAAGUGGAUCACGAGAGUAUCCGAAACAAAUAUCAAAACCAACUGAAGCCAUAGUCACAGAAGUUAAACCACCGAAUUCAGCGAAACAAGCAUUAACUACAUCCGAUUCUGCGGCCACAUUGAAUAUAUUUAAACCUACACAAGAACUUGCGACGCGAGUGUCAACCUCAUCUAAUCCUUCGACGGGAGUGUCAACCUCAUCUGAUCCUGUAACCUCAAGUAAAGGACCAGAAGAAAUAAAAACCAGACAAAGUGUACCAUACGACUUUCAGCAAAAGGUUACGACAAGUAGUUCAAAACAGUCCCUAAAACAAUUGUCAGCUGAAACCAUAGUCACACAAGUUAGACCACCGAAUUCGGCGGAGCAAAUUUUCAAAUCAUCCGAUUCUGCAGCCGCAUUGAAUACAUUUAAACCCACACAAAAUAGCCAACAAGAACCUUCGACGCGAAUGUUAACCCCAUCUGAUCCUAAAACCUCAAGAAAAGAACCAGAAAAGACUACAAGCAGACAAACUAUACCAAACGACUCUCAGCAAGAGGUUACAACAUUUCGUAUCACACGGAGUAGGUCAAAAGACACCCCGAAACAAGUAUCAAAACCAACUGAAGCCAUAGUCACAGAAGUGAAAUCACCGAAUUCAGCGGAACAAGCAUUAACUUCAUCCGAUUCUGCGGCCACAUCGCAUACAUCUCAACCUACACAAGAUAGUCUACAAGAACCUUCGAAGCGAGUGUCAAUCUUAUCUGAUCCUGAAACCUCAACAAAAGGACCAGAAAAGACUAAAAACAGACAAAGUAUACCAAACGACCCUCAGCAAGAGGAUACAACAUUAUUUCGUAUCACACUGAGUAGAUUAAAAGAGACCCCGAAAGUAGUAUUAAAACCAGCUGAAACCAUAGUUACACCACGGAAUUCAGCGAAACAAGCAUUAACUUCAUCCGACUCUGCAGCCGCAUUGAAUAUAUUUAAACCUACACAAGAACCUUCGACGCGAGUGUCAACCUCAUCUGAUGCUUCGACGCGAGUGUCAACCUCAUCUGAUUCUUGGACGCAAGAGUCAACCUCAUCUGAUUCUGAAACCUCAAGAAAAAGAUCAGAAAAGACUAAAAGCAGACAAAAUAUACCAAACGACUCUCAGCAAGAGGCAACAUUACUUCGUAUCACACGGAGUAAAUCAAAACAGACCCCGAAACAAGUAUCACAACCACCUGAAACCAUAUCCACAGAAGUUAGUCCACAGAAUUCAGCAGAACAAGUAUUCACUUCAUCCGAUUCUGUAACCAUAUUGAAUACAUCACGAGAGCCUUCAAUAUCGACUGACACCCUGAUCACUCGAAGUAAACCACGAAUCAUGUCACUGACACAAGUAUCAAAGUCACCUGGUGAUGAACUUGAAGUAAGUGGAUCACGAGAGUAUCCGAAACAAAUAUCAAAACCAACUGAAGCCAUAGUCACAGAAGUUAAACGACUAAAUUCAGCGGAACAAGCAUUAACUUCAUACGUUUCUGCAGCCACAAUGAAUACAUCUAAACCUACAGAGGAUAGCCUGUCUUCGAAACGAGUAUCAACCUCAUCUGAUCCAGAAACCUCAAGAAGAGGACCACAAAAGACUAAAACCAGGCAAAGUAUACCAAACGACUCUCAGCAAGAGGUUACAUCUAAACCUGCACAAGAUAACAUACAAGAUCCUUCGAAGCGAGUCUCAACCUCAUCUGAUCCUGAAACCUCAAGAAGAGGACCACAAAAGACUACAAACCAACAAAGUAUACCAAACGACUCCCAGCAAGAGGUUACAACAUUAUUUCGUAUCACACGGAGUAGGUCAAAAGAAACCCCGAAACAAGUAUCAAAACCAGCUGAAACCACAGUCACACAAGUUAGACCACCGAAUUCGGCGGAACAAGUUUUUACUUCAUCCGAUUCUGCAGGCACAUGGGGUACGUCACAAGAGCCUCCAAAACCGACUGAAACCCUAAUCACUAGAAAUAAGCCACGAAUUACGUCACUGACACAAGUAUCAAAGUCACCUGGUGAUGAACUUGAAGUAAGUGGAUCACGAGAGUAUCCGAAACAAAUAUCAAAACCAACUGAAACCAUAGUCACAGAAGUUAGACCACCGAAUUCGGCGGAACAAGUUUUCACUUCAUCCGAUUCUGCAGCCGCAUUGAAUACAUCUAAACCUACAGAGGACAGCCUGUCAUCUAAACGAUUAUCAACCUCAUCUGACCCUAAAACCUCAAGAAAAGGCCCAAAAAAGACUAAAAAGAGACAAAGUAUACCAAACGACUCUCAGCAAGAGGUUAUAUCUAAACCUACACAAGAUAACCUACAAGAUCCUUCGAAGCGAGUGUCAACCUCAUCUGAUCCUGAAACUUCAAGAAGACGACCACAAAAAACUACAAACAAACAAAGUAUACCAAACGACUCUCAACAAGAGGUUACAACAUUAUUUCGUAUCACACGGAGUAGGUCAAAAGAGACCCCGAAAGUAGUUUUAAAACCAGCUGAAACCAUAGUUACACCACUGAAUUCAGCGAAACAAGCAUUAACUUCAUCCGACUCUGCAGCCGCAUUGAAUAUAUUUAAACCUAAACAAGAACCUUCGACGCGAGUGUCAACCUCAUCUGAUGCUUCGACGCGAGUGUCAACCUCAUCUGAUUCUUGGACGCAAGAGUCAACCUCAUCUGAUUCUGAAACCUCAAGAAAAAGAUCAGAAAAGACUAAAAGCAGACAAAAUAUACCAAACGACUCUCAGCAAGAGGCAACAUUACUUCGUAUCACACGGAAUAAAUCAAAACAGACCCCGAAACAAGUAUCACAACCACCUGAAACCAUAUCCACACAAGUUAGAACACAGAAUUCAGCAGAACAAAUAUUAACAAGUAGACUACAAAAGCCCGUAGUCACACAAAUUGGGCCAAAAAAGACCGUAGCCACACAAAUUGAGCCAGAAAAGACGGUAGCCACAAAAAGUAGGUCACAAAAGACCGAAGUCACACAAAUUGGGCCAGAAAAGACCGUAGCCACACAAAUUGAGCCAGAAAAGACAGUAGUCACAGAAAUUGGGCCAGAAAAGACCGUAGUCACAGAAAGUAGGCCACAAAAGCCCGUAGUCACACAAAUUGGGCCAGAAAAGACCGUAGCCACACAAAUUGAGCCAGAAAAGACCGUAGCCACAAAAAGUAGGUCUCAAAAGACCGAAGUCACACAAAUUGGUCUAGAAAAGACCGUAGCCACACAAAUUGAACCAGAAAAGACGGUAGUCACAACAAGUAGGUCUCAAAAGACCGAAGUCACACAAAUAGGGCCAGAAAAGACCGUAGUCACACAAAUUGGGCCAGAAAAGACCGUAGUCACACAAAUUGGGCCAGAAAAGACCGUAGCCACACAAAUUGAGCCAGAAAAGACCGUAGUCACAAAAAUUGGGCCAGAAAAGACCGUAGCCACACAAAUUGAGCCAGAAAAGACGGUAGUCACAAAAAGUAGGUCUCAAAAGACCGAAGUCACACAAAUUGAGCCAGAAAAGAGCAUAGCCACACAAAUUGGGCCAGAAAAGAGCGUAGUCACAGAAAGUAGGCCACAAAAGCCCGUAGUCACACAAAUUGGGCCAGAAAAGACCGUAGUCACACAAAUUGGGCCAGAAAAGACCGUAGCCACACAAAUUGGGCCAGAAAAGACCGUAGCCCCAAAAAGUAGGUCACAAAAGACCAAAGUCACACAAAUUGGGCCAGAAAAGACCGUAGUCACACAAAUUGGGCCAGAAAAGACCGUAGCCUCAAAAAGUAGGUCACAAAAGACCGUAGGCACAAAAAUGAGACCACAAAAGACCGUAGUGACGCAAAUUGGGCCAGAAAAGACCGAAGUCACAGAAAGUAGGCCGCUGAAGCCCGUAGUCACACAAAUUGGGCCAGAAAAGACCGUAGUCACACAAAUUAGGCCACAAAAGCCUAGAAUCACACAAAUUGGGCCAGAAAAGACCGUAGUCACACAAAUUGGGCCAGAAAAGACCGUAGUCACACAAAUUGGGACAGAAAAGACCGUAGCCACACAAAUUAGGCCACAAAAGACCGAAGUCACAGAAAGUAAGCCACACAAGCCCGUAGUCACAGAAAUUGAGCCAGAAGAGACCGUAGCCACAAAAAGUAGGUCGCAAAAGACAGAAGUCACACAAAUUGGGCCAGAAAAGACCGUAGCCACACAAAUUGAGCCAGAAAAGACCGUAGUCACAGAAAGUAGGCCACAAAAGCCCGUAUUCACACAAAUUGGGCCAGAAAAGACCGUAGCCACACAAAUUGGGCCAGAAAAGACGGUAGUCACAAAAAGUAGGUCUCAAAAGACCGAAGUCACACAAAUUGGGCCAGAAAAGACCGUAGCCUCAAAAAGUAGGCCCCAAAAAGCGCUAGUUACACAAAAUAAACUACAAAAAGCUGUUGUCAUACGGAGUAAACCACAGAAGACUAUAGCGACACGAAGAAGACUACAAAAGACUGUGAUCACACAAAAUAAACCACAACAGACGCGGUCAAGAAAAAUCCCAAGUUCACCUAAAGCCUACCUUAUUAAAAGACAAAGGAAACAUCCUGAAAAAAUUGAGGAAAGUACAGUGAAAACCUCGGAGUCUGUACUGAAGUACAGCUCUCAAAAGCAGAGCUUGGUGUCCGAUACCUCAUCCAAUGCGACGUCACCGCGCAGUUUGAAAAGGUCUCUGCGAAGCAGCGAUGCGCCCAGUGCCAAGCGCACGAGGGUGCUUACCACUUGCAGUACACAAGAAAAGACUUCGGCCACACAAAUUGAGCCAGAAAAGACCGUAGCCACAAAAAGUAGGUCACAAAAGACCGAAGUCACAAAAAGUGAACCACAAAAGACCGUAGUCACAAAAAAUAGGCCACAAAAACCGCUAGUUAGGCAAAAUAAAAUACAAAAAGCUGUAGUCACACGGAGUAAACCACAAAAGACUAUAGCGACUCGAAGAAGACUAAAUAAACCACAACAGACGCGGUCGAGAAAAAUACCAAGUUCACCUAAAACCCACCUUGUAAAAAGACUAAGGAAACAUCCUGAAAAAAUUGAGGAAAGUACAGUGAAAGCCUCGAAGUCUGUACUGAAGUACAGCUCUCAAAAGCAGAGCUCGGUGUCCGAUACCUCAUCCAAUACGACUUCACCGCGUAGUUUGAAAAGGUCUCUGCGAAGCAGCGAUGUGCCCAGUGCCAAGCGCACGAGGGUGCUCAAACCGUCCAUUGCCAGCAACAAAAUCACAACCAGAAGAAGGUGAAGAAACUGGAUGCGGAAUGAAGAAGUCUGGAAAGGAUGGAACUUAGAAAAGAAAUCGUCUGCCACAUCUCAGAUGUUUUAAGUAAAUAGAAACUGUUUGAUGGGUGCCAUGAGUACCAUGGAAUCUUUUAAAGUGCGUUAUCAACUGUACAUAAUAUGUACAUAUGUAAUGUGUGUCUGUAUGUCUUUCGGUCGUCCAAGAGAGAAAGAGAGUGAAAAAAAUUGUUGAUUCCAAAGAAUGAAUGUAAUAAAUAUGAUUCAUAAGUGUACUUAACGAUUUUAUACAAGUUUACUGUAGUGUUUAUUUUUAUAAUAUAAUUGAUCGUUCUAAAUUGAUAGAAAUUAUAUUUGGUUCCUUUUAGGGCGUUUUAAUAAAAACUUAUUUUUGAAA